AAUUCUCUGGAAAGUGACGCAACUAAAAGUGUUUUGGUAUAAAAGACGCGAAAACAGUUCGAAGUAUUAGUAUUGAAAGAGAAGAAGGUGAAGCUAGAAGCAGAAUCUGAAGCCCAAUCACAAGCUGAACAAGUUAAUCAAAAAUGGCGAAUACAUUACCAUUUAAGUGUUAUCUUUUAACUAACAACGAACAAGAUAAGGAAAUUCGUCGUUUCACUGUUGACCCAGACGUGGUGGGUAAUUUCACGUAUCUUAGGGAGAAAGUCCGUUCCGUUUACCCACAGUUGCUACGUGAGAAUUUCAGUAUUUCCUAUAUUGACGAAGAAGGAGACAAAGUGACAGUGUCUAGUGACGAUGAGCUCUUGGGAGCCCUUAUGUUUGCCAAGCGUAAAGAUGAUGAGCCAUUCCGUCUCAUUAUUCAACUUACCGGUGGAGUGAGACCUGAAGGUGCAUCACCACCUUCUGGGUCACCUGGCAAUUGUGAAGGGGAAAUCCACUGGGGUGUGACUUGUGAUGGCUGUCAAGGGACUGUCAAAGGAUUUCGCUAUAAAUGUUUCCAAUGUCCUGAUUUUGAUCUAUGCGGAAGAUGUGAAACAGCAGGACAACAUCCAGGACAUACGCUUAUUCGCGUUACAGGAGCUAUGCCUGUGUCAUUCCAGGCAAUGAGGAACUUACUGAAUGGAGGGGCUGAAGUUCCACAUUGGCGUCGGAAGCAUCAUGGACGUUUCCACCAUCAUCAAGGCCAUCACGGAUGGAGCGCCUGUUCCCAACCUGGCGCCAAUGCUGAAGUUAAUCCCCCAACCGCGGCGUCAGGGUGCAAUAAAGGAGCAAAUAAGCCAGAUGGGAAGCCGCAUUGUCCAUACAAAUUUUACAUGGACCAGGCAAAAGAAACUGCCUCAAAUUUCCAAGCUAACCACCCCGAAUACCUUUCGAGUUUGGGCAGCACGAUUGCGUCCGUCAUAGAAGGGCUCGGACUAGGACUUGGCGUUGGUAGCAGUGGUGGAUCCUGCCCUCGUACAUCUUCGCAGAAGCCAGAAGCAAAGAAAGAAAAUAUUGUCAAGCAGGAGACCAAACCCGAAGCGAAGAAUAACAAACAAGAAGUAAAAAAAGAAGUUAUCAUUCCCGUCACUCUAGAGAGUGAUGAGGUGCCUGUCAGCGCGUCCAUUAUGAACCCUUAUGCUCAGCUAUUUGACGCAAUUGCGGUUGCGAGGGCUGUUGAAAUGAGCAAUGCCAACCUGGCAGCCGGCGCUGCUGCGGCCGCCCAAAAAAAUGCAAAUGCUGAAACUGCUGUUCCUAAAGUAAGUCCCCAGUCUGACAUGACUUCACAGACGGGAAUGACAGCUCAAGCGCCGCCUCAAGCUGUCGCUGAGGCCGUAGCUGAAGCAGUAGCACAGGCCCCUUCCCAGGCUGUCGCCGAGGCUGUUGCUGAAGCUGCUGCUUCAGCCCUUCCUCAGGCCGUAGCUGAGGCUGUUGCUGAGGCUGCUGCUUCGGCCCCUUCUCAGGCUGUCGCGGAUGCUGUUGCUAAAGCUGCUGCAGAGGCCGCUAGUGCUGCUCAGACUGCCAGUAUUCAAGCUCUGGCUGAGGCUGGUACUGCAGCCGAAAAAGAUCCUUCUCCGUCACAGCAAAAUGAAAAUACGACAGCGAGCGUGAAGCCUUCCUCCCCGCGUGGUGAUUCUGGUGACUGGACCAUCGUAGACCAUGGAACAGGAAACGCUAGUAGCGGUAGAUCAACCCCUGCAGAGCCUGCCACCCAAACAGAGGGUGCCCGUCCGAAAAAUCCGCCUCAAAAGCCAGUGCAGGAGAAGGUUCCGAGUCAUCCAGAUCCUUACAUAUGCGCUGCUUUGGAGACUAUGCUGGCAAUGGGAUUUACCAAUGAAGGAGGUUGGCUUGCCCAGCUAUUGGAAGUCAAAGAGGGAGACAUAGGAAAGACCCUAGACGUUUUACAGUCACAAUUCCAGCGCCGUCAGCAGUUUUAGGAAAAAUUACUGAAUUCAAAUUCCGCAAUGGUAGUCGUGGAACUCGACGGAUGCAUUAAUCGUUUUACUUUUCGCUACUCCAAUUUUAUACUGCAUUAUAAUCACCUAUCGUUAAUCAUGGUAUUAAGACUCUUUCGCAUUAUUUUACCUAUGUGUCCUGUUUAGUUUUUAGUUCUUCUUCAUCGGUGAUUGUAAUCCGAGAUUAGUUAGCAAGUGACACCUAGAAAUACACGUAUAUCGACCGCGAAGAUAAA